AAACCACCGUCUCCCUCUCCCUCCCAUGGCCGCGCCCGCCCUCCUCUCCCUCUCCCCCGCCGUCUCCAGGCACCCCCACCUCCUCUUCUCCCACACCCACUCGCCUCGCCACCUCCGCCUCACCCCUCUCGCCGCCUCCUCCUCCCCCUCCCCCUCCCCCUCCCCCUCGCCGGCCGGCGGCGGCGGCGGCGUCUUCCUCUCGCCGAGCGCGCUCUCGCAGCUCGACGCGCUCGCCGCCUUCCGCUACGAGCACACCUUCCCCCACGGCAGCCUCACAGUGCGGGCCCUCACCCCGACCGACGACGCCGAGGCCGAGGUGCUCGUCCGCCUCCUCGCUUCCUCCUUCUCCGAGGACGUCAGAUGGGCCCCCGCGCAGCGCUACGCCCAGCUCCUCGCCUUCGUCAUCCGCCGCUACCUCUACGAGCGCCGCGGCCUCGCGCCCCACGCUGCCGUCCUAGUGGGUUUCUACAAGCCCGCCGCCGCGGAAGAAGGGGGGGAGGGCGAGGUCGACGGGGAUGAGGGAGAGAUGGCGUGCACCGCCGAGGUGUCGCUGGACGCGGUGGGCGCCCCGGGGGCACCGCCCACGCCAACGCCGCCGCUCGAGUUCCCUUACAUCUGCAACAUGACCGUGAAGACCUCGUUGAGGAGGAGAGGAAUUGGAAAACAACUUCUUAAGGCAUGUGAGGAUCUGGUUGUCAAGAUGGAUGCCAAAACGCGUGUAUAUCUUCAUUGUAGAAUAAUUGAUGAAGUGCCGUUCAACAUGUACAUAAAAGCAGGAUACGACAUUGUUCAGACUGACAGUAUCCUUGUUUGGCUGAGCCUCCAGAAGCGCAAGCACUUGAUGCGCAAGGAAUUACCGCAAGUUUCUGUUGGUAGUGAUGUACAACCUUAGAAUUUUGAGGGGCUGAACAUGCCAUAGCACCAUCAGAAAACGGAGAAAUGAGGUUUGACUUUGGCAUAGUAAAAAGAAGGAAAAGAGGGACUCUCCGGGAUCUUAUGGAUUAGCAGAAGUUCCUGCAUCAUUGGUCUUCCAUGUUUUUCUUAUAUUUGUUAAGCACAGCAAGUAAUAGCUCAUUCCACAUAUCAAUUGGUCCUGGUAGGCACCAAUGCGAACAAUCACUGUAACCCCUCAUCCACUCAUUAUUCCAAUGAAUCCCUGGGUGUGCAUCAGGUCUCAUAGACAUAAGCU